UGAGGGUCUUAUCUUUUUUUCUUGAUAGAAACGAUCGUCUUUGAGAACGGACAAGAGCAGACUACCACACAUGAUUUAAAAUUUGACAAUUAAAUUUAACUAGAAUAGACUGUCUUUGAGUGCGUGUAAGAUGGACUAUCGCUCACAGUCUAAAAUUUGAGACAGUUAAAUUGUAAUUAACAUACACGAAGACCAUCUUUAAAGGUGUAUAAGGCAGAAUAUUGUUCAUAAUCUAAAAUUUAACCCAGUUUAUGGGUUUUUGAGUGCUAAACUUACCGAUACAUCUCACACCACCAUAUCGGAGAUUGGUCUUAAAAACUUAAGACAAAUAUGUUCCUUUGUAUGUUACAAUCAGUUUUGUCCCCCACACAUCUUUGAUUGAUGAUGCCAAAAAUAGAAACAUCUCUCGAACACAUAUGACUCGGUCAACUUAACAAAUCUCCUAAACCUAUAUCAUCUCCAAAAAUAUCGUAACAAACCCAAACUAUUUCCAUGCAACCUCUAUUCUUAGAAUCCAACUUCAAUUUGUGGCAAAACACCAUCAUCACCUCUCUCUCCACAUUACCAACAUCCCAAAAACACAAAAACACAAACAAAAACACACCAACAUGACACACCAUCCGUUCUCUUACGCCACCACCCAAAACCAAAAACAACAAAAACAUCAAAAUAACAGAAACAACCUUAACCUCUCCGACCAACAACUGUCUCCUAUAAUAACACCCGGCAGCUGGCAAUACAACAAAUGGCCGCUGCUGCCAACCACCACCUCCUCCUCCUCCUAUCUCUCUCCUUACUCUCUCUCUCCACCGCACCACCACCACCAUCAGAGACUCAAUCCCUCCUCAAACUAAAACUAUCUCUCAAAAACUCCGACAAAAACUUAGCCUCAUGGAUCCCAAACGUCUCUCCAUGUUCAGGCACAUGGACUGGCGUUAUCUGCUUCAACAAUGUGAUCACCGGUCUCCAUCUCUCUGACCUCGGCCUCUCUGGAACGAUAGACGUCGAUGCUAUCUCCGAGAUUCGCGGCCUAAGAACACUCAGCUUCGUCAACAACUCGUUCUCCGGUCCUAUUCCGCAGUUCAACAAACUCGGCAUGAUCAAGUCUCUUCUCCUCACGCAAAACCAAUUCUCCGGGCCUAUUCCACCCGACUUUUUCGCUCAUUUAACCUCCUUGAAGAAAAUAUGGUUCACCAAUAACAAAUUCACAGGCAGCAUUCCGGUUUCUUUAACAGAACUCGACCUCCUCAAAGAGCUUCACCUCGAAGGAAACCAGUUCUCCGGGCAGUUACCGAAUCUCAAACAAGAUAUCAAAUCAUUCGACGUCUCGAAUAACAAGUUAGAAGGUCCAAUUCCAGAAGGCCUGGCCAAAUUCAGUGCAGCUUCGUUUUCUGGAAAUGAAGGUUUGUGUGGAAAACCGUUGGAAAAACAAUGUGACGCUUCGUCUUCCUCCGAGUAUUCGCUAGCAGAUGGCCUAACGGAAAACAGUUCAGGAUCUGAUUUGGCAGUUAAGGUGAUAGUGAUUCUGAUACUGGCAGUUAUAGCAGCGGGUAUAUUUAUGUUUGUGAAGUCUCGACAACAUAGACGCGACGAUGAUUUCAGCGUCGUGAGCCGAGACUCCAGCCGAGACUCCAGUGUCGAAGAAGUCAUGCAAGUGAACGUGCCAAUAAGUAGAUCUACGUCCGCAUCAGAGAGAGUCGGGAGAAGGAACGUGGGAGAAUCGUCGAAAAGAGGAGGAAUGGGGGGUGGGACUAGAAAUGGGCUAGGUGAUCUUGUAAUGGUGAAUGAUGAGAAGGGUACAUUUGGUUUACAGGAUUUGAUGAAAGCUGCUGCUGAGGUAUUGGGGAAUGGCGGAUUGGGAUCCGCUUAUAAAGCGGCGAUGGCGAACGGGUUGAGCGUGGUUGUGAAGAGGAUGAGGGAGAUGAAUAAAAUCGGUAAAGACGUGUUUGAUGCUGAGAUGAGACAGUUUGGGAGGAUCAGACAUGCUAAUAUUUUGACUCCUUUGGCUUAUCAUUAUAGGAGAGAAGAAAAGCUUUUCGUUACCGAGUAUAUGCCUAAAGGAAGCUUGUUAUACGUCUUGCACGGUGACAGAGGAUCAUCUCAUGCGGAGUUAACUUGGCCUAUCCGAUUAAAGAUUGCUAAAGGAAUCGCGAGAGGUUUAAGCUUCCUUUACAACGAGUUUUGCACGUAUGAUUUGCCUCAUGGAAACCUGAAAUCGAGCAAUGUUCUAAUAAACGAUGAAUAUGAACCUAUGUUAAGUGAUUAUGCUUUUCAACCACUGAUCAACCCGAGCAUUGCAGUUCAAUCAAUGUUUGCAUUCAAAACACCGGAUUACGCUCAAAACCAGAAGCUUACGCAGAAAGCCGAUGUUUAUUGCCUUGGAAUCAUCCUUCUUGAACUCAUAACAGGGAAAUUCCCAUCUCAGUAUCAUAGUAAUGGUAAAGGUGGUACUGAUGUUGUUCAAUGGGUUCUAACGGCGAUUUCUGAUAGAAGAGAAGCUGAAUUGAUUGAUCCUGAGUUACAAAAGAAUGCACCAAAUUCGACGAAUAAUAUGCUCCAACUUCUCUUAAUUGGUGCUGCUUGUACCGAAAGUAACCCCGAACAAAGAGUACAUAUGAAAGAAGCUAUUAGAAGGAUAGAGGACAUACAACUCUAAAAAUCAAGUAAAUAAAGAUAGCUUAAAGUUAAAAUAUGUAGGUCAGAAUUACAGAGAAAAUGGAAAUAUUACCUAUGUUGGUGUACCGACACGUUUGGUUUUCAACACGACACUGAUACGCGUAGAUUCAGUUUCAUCUUCUGUUCUUAAAAUUAUUAUCAGUGUCGUGUCUAAUAUCUAACUUUAAUAGAUAGAGAAGAAGAGAGAAAGAAAGAAAAAAUGUUGAAAAGGUGAAUGAUUGGAAUUGGAUAACUUCAUAAAGCAAUGUGGAUUAUGAAAAGGGUCUAAAACAGAUUUGAAGUCAUAUUUCAAGAGCAGCUGAAACUUGAAGUGAUUCUCAUAUACUUUCCUUUAGAAGAUCAAGUCUAUGCUUAGAUAUUAUAUUGGCCCUUACAAAAUUUGUGCAAUAAAAAACAUUUUAGGACAGCAUCCCUUAAGUUUGUAAAGAAUAUUUUAGAAUUUUUUUUUUCCUUUCUAGUACUAGUUUAUUUUUUGACAAA